AUGGAAAUGGGUCAGACGGCAGUGACCACAAUAACUGCAAUGUACGGCGUGGCGAUGCUUUGUGCCUUAGUAGGAAACUGUCUCUUGAUCUACAUCGUGUGGAGAAAACCCGAAGUACGAUCACUAACUAGCUCCAUGUUCGUCAACAUGGCCGUAACUGAUUUAUUAGUGGCGUUUUUCAUGAUGCCUUUUUACAUUGUUCAUCUUCACACAAAGAGUCAGUGGAAGAUAUCUGAAUUACCUGCCGACUUAACUUGCAGGAGCUUCAUACUGAUUUCUUACACCACGUCAAUGGCUUCUAUCCUCUGUCUUGUAUUCAUGGCGAUCGAUAGAUUCUACGCAGUUUUCUAUCCCCUGAUGGCUCGUGCUGUCUGGUUUAGAAAGGCCAAAAUUGUUUCACCUAUGAUUUGGAUCUCUUCUACCGCUUCUAUGGCUAUUAUGCCUUUCAUCUACAAGUUAAAUUAUGAAUUCUCUUUAUGCGAGUUUCACCCAGACGUUUUAGGAAACCAGACCCAAACGUUUCGUAUCGUUUUCCUGUACAUUUUUGUUGUCACCUACACCGUAAUUUUUAGGGAGUUAUUAUAACUCCAAAAAUGGAGUAAAAAUUUUAGGUACAGGAUAACCCCUUUUUUGGGGUUAUUUUAACUCCUAAUUUAACUCCGAAUUUGGGGUCAUUUUUACUCCUGAAAAAGAGUUCUUUUUAUUCCCAGUCUUGGAGUUAAAACUACUCCGAAAUGGGGUUACUUGUACUCCUUACAGGGGUUGUUUUUACUCUUUUUGGAGUUAAUUUAACUCUGAAAGUGGAGUAAAAAUUUUAGGUACAGGAUAACUCCUUUUUUGGGGUUAUUUUAACUCCUCAAUAUCUGGGGUCACUUUUACUCCUGAAAAAGAGUUCUUUAAACUCCUUUUUGGAGUUAAAAUAACUCCACGAAAAAUAACUCCACUGUCAGGAGUUAAAUUAGCCCCACUAGAGGAGUUAUUAUAACUCCCUGAAAAUUACAGUGUAUCUAAUUCGACUGGGAGUUAUUUCACCACUGUACAGCAAAAUUGCCCGUAAAAUAUGGUCCAACUAUGUACCUGGCAAUUCGUCGAUUGUAGAGCAUCAGCGCGGCAAGAGAGAAGACAGUAAAAGGAAACUAAUCCGAAUGCUUAUAAUCAUCGUUGUGGUAUUUGCUCUUUCCUGGCUUCCCGCGCAAAUAAUACACCUAAUCUGGGCAAUAAGGACAUUUUAUUUCCAGCCUCCAGUAAUUGCCAUGUAUCUGGGAUUUUGGUUGGCCCAUGCAAACAGCGCUAUCAACCCGUGGCCGUAUAUCGCCUUAAGUAGCAGAAUCAGAUUGGCAUUUACCCGGAUGUUACGAGUCCGAAACUCCCAUGAGGUA